AUGACGACAGAACAAGCCAAAAUGGAUGAUAAUAUGGAUACAAAAUCCAUUCUAGAAGAAGUUCUUCUCAAAAGGUCACAGCAAAAGAAGAAAAUGUCACCAAAUAAUUACAAAGAGCGGCUUUUUGUAUUGACUAAAACAAACCUUUCCUACUAUGAAUAUGACAAAAUGAAAAGAGGCAGCAGAAAAGGAUCAAUUGAAAUUAAGAAAAUCAGAUGUGUGGAAAAAGUAAAUCUCGAGGAGCAGACACCCGUGGAGAGACAGUACCCAUUUCAGAUCGUCUAUAAAGAUGGGCUUCUCUAUGUCUAUGCAUCAAAUGAAGAGAGCCGAGGUCAGUGGUUGAAAGCAUUACAAAAAGAGAUAAGGGGCAACCCGCACCUGCUGAUCAAGUACCACAGUGGGUUCUUCGUGGACGGGAAGUUCCUGUGCUGCCAGCAGAGUUGCAAAGCGGCUCCAGGAUGUACUCUCUGGGAAGCAUAUGCUGAUCUGCACAUUGCAGUCAAUGAAGAGAAACACAGAGCUCCUACUUUCCUAGACAGGGUGAUUCCUCGGGCAGCUCCUAUUCUCAAAAUGGACGCACCAUCUUCAAGUACCACUCUAGCCCAACAUGACAGUGACUCAAAGAAAAACUGUGGCUCCCAGCCAAACGUCAACAUGCGUUGUAUUUCAAGGGAAGACUGCCCUGACUGGUGGCAAGUAAGAAAACUGAAAAGCAAAUGCCUCACUGUACCAAUGACACAGCCACAGGCCCAUAUGGAACUUGAAAGAAUUAGUGAAGAUGUUGCAUGCAGUAACCAAGCAGAAAGAAAUGUAAAUCACAGCACCUCGAAGAUCUCAUGGGGAUUCCCUGAGUCAAGUUCAUCUGAAGAAGAGGAAAACCUGGAUGACUAUGACUGGUUUGCAGGUAACAUCUCCAGGUCACAGUCUGAACAGUUACUGAGACAAAAGGGAAAAGAAGGAGCAUUUAUGGUUAGGAAUUCCAGCCAGGUGGGAAUGUACACAGUGUCUUUAUUCAGUAAGGCUGUGAAUGAUAAAAAAGGAACCGUCAAACAUUACCAUGUGCAUACAAACGCUGAGAACAAACUAUACCUGGCAGAAAACUACUGUUUUGAUUCCAUUCCGAAGCUUAUUCACUAUCAUCAACACAAUUCAGCAGGCAUGAUCACACGGCUCCGCCACCCUGUGUCAACCAAGGCCAACAAAGUCCCCGUCUCUGUGUCCCUGGGAAGUGGAAUUUGGGAACUGAAAAGAGAAGAGAUCACUCUGUUGAAGGAGCUGGGAAGUGGCCAGUUUGGAGUUGUCCAGCUGGGCAAGUGGAAGGGGCAGUAUGACGUUGCCGUCAAGAUGAUCAAGGUGGGCUCCAUGUCGGAAGAUGAAUUCUUUCAGGAGGCCCAGACCAUGAUGAAACUCAGCCAUCCCAAGCUGGUUAAAUUCUAUGGAGUGUGUUCAGAGAAAUACCCCAUAUACAUAGUGACUGAAUAUAUUACCAAUGGCUGCUUGCUUAAUUACCUGAAGAGUCAUGGAAAAGGACUUGAACCCUCCCAGCUCUUAGAAAUGUGCUAUGAUGUCUGUGAAGGCAUGGCCUUCUUGGAAAGCCACCAGUUCAUACACCGGGACUUGGCUGCUCGGAACUGCUUGGUGGACAGUGACCUCUCUGUGAAGGUAUCUGACUUUGGAAUGACGAGGUAUGUUCUUGAUGACCAGUAUGUCAGUUCAGUAGGAACAAAGUUUCCAGUCAAGUGGUCAGCCCCAGAGGUGUUUCACUACUUCAAAUACAGCAGCAAGUCAGACGUAUGGGCAUUUGGAAUCCUGAUGUGGGAGGUGUUCAGCCUGGGGAAGCAGCCCUAUGACUUGUAUGACAACUCCCAGGUGGUCGUGAAGGUCUCCCAGGGCCACAGGCUCUAUCGGCCCCAACUGGCAUCAGACACCGUCUACCAGAUCAUGUACAGCUGCUGGCAUGAGCUUCCAGAAAAGCGUCCCACAUUUCAGCAACUCCUAUCUUCCAUUGAACCACUUCGGGAAAAAGACAAGCCUUGAAGAAGAAAUUAGGAGUGCCAAUGAGAAUGAAUAUAAAUGUUGGCCAACAUUUUCAGUCCUUUUAUGGAAAGUAGCAAGGCACAGUGUAAUUUAGCUAGUUUUCAGUAGUGUUCUGUGUGUUCUCUGUUACAUCAUCUAGAAAUAAACAAGGUAGGAAACAAAAAAUUUCCUUGAAAUUUAGGUCAUAUUUGUAAUUUUGUUUAUGCUGCUCUGAAUAUAACACUUCCCAGCCUAUAGCAGAAGCACAUUUUCAGAUUUCAGUAUUAGGGAUGGUGUGUAUCAUGUGUAAAGAAUGAACAGAACUGAAAAAUUAUUUGUUGGAUGUUCUUUAUAUUGCCACCAUCAUGAUAAUUAAAUAUACUAUCAAGUACAGA